GGUCGGCGUCGCUGGGCGUGGCCACGGAAGGGUGAGGUGCCAUGGUGAGUGACAGGUGUGUGUUUCCUCUUUACACAGCAAAUAUUGGGUUGCUUAGGUAGGUAGCUUUAGUUGUUCCGUAUGAGAUUAGUAGUACUCCGUUAUGAAUACCGGUACAGGAACGAGAGGUGGUUGGGCUCUUUGCUCGCUGAUGGCAUUGGACUUGGCUCUGGCUGUUUUAAGGCUGUGCCGGAGACAUGACUCGGUCCUUCCGCUACUAGUCAUUUUCAAUAUUCGGGCUUUUGUAAACACGAAAUUGGGAAUGGUGUUGGUUGUCGGGAGUUGCUAACGUCCGGGGCUGAGCCGGGGGUUGCUCGGGGAAAGCUAAGUCCCGAACGAACGACGUACGCAAAACACAGUCAGAUCAAUACCCC